AUCAAAGCCAAUCUUUCCUGGGAAGAAAUAACAGGAACUAUGAAAACAGCAGCCACGAACAUCCUGAAAUUUUAUCGGAAAUAUUCCAGAGAUAUACAGGUUAGCUCUAACAAAACUACAAAAAGCAAAAUGCUUGAAAAACUAGCGGCCUUCUGACCCAAUCCACCAAAAAAUCCUGAAAAAGUGCAGAUAUCACCUACAAGCAAUAGAGGUCGCCGAGGAACAAGAAAAAUAUCGUGCAUUCUUCAGUGACCUAUUAACUAGACACCCCUCAGUAAGAAUGAAAUUCACAUGCGAAUUCUAUAGAAAUCAUAAGCAAACAGAAAGACGCCGACUAAAGCAGACUUUUAUUCCUAUGUCUAAAUGGGAACAAGUACUGGCAAAAACAGAAGGACAAAUCAUAGAAGAAUUGACAGGCGAAAACGCAAAAAAAAGAACUAGGCGCGGAACCUACACUAUAAGAAAUCGAAGGAAUAAUAAAAAAAAAUGCGCAAUAAAACAGCCCCGGGAAUAGACCAAGUCGUAACAGAAUGAUACAAAGCCAACCCAGAAGAGCUAAAUUUAGAAAUUCUAAACCACAUUCGAACUGCAUGAAAAAAAAAAUCAUACUGCCAUCCUCAUGGACUCAGUCGAUUCAAGUGCCACUCUCUAAAAAAACUAACCCGAAACAGGUAAAUGACUACAGACGUAUAUCAAUAUGUAGUAAGGGAUACAGAAUUUAUGCAAACUUUUUACUAAAACGACUGGACGAAACAAUUGAAACAAUAGACAACUACCAAGCCGCCUUUCUAAGUAAUCGCUCCACGGAUGACCACAUGUUCACCUUACGUCGAAUAUUGGAUGAAGAAUGGAAAGCGGGUGAAAAAACUUUUGUUCUUUUGAUCGACAUAGAAGCAGCAUUUGACACCGUGGAUCACUCAGCUUCAGAGAUAUAAUCGCGUCUAGAACAAAUAAAUCCAUGACAAAUCGAAUCAUAAAAGCCACUUUGAAUGAAUCUACAUGCAUUAAAUGGUUCGGACAACAAACCAAAUGGAUAAAAAAAGGUAAGGGUGUCAAACAAGGCUGUCCCAUAUCACCAAGACUCUGAACAAUAGUUAUGGACGACGUCUUCAAAACACUAGCGGAAGAACUACCUUAUAUAAAAAUUAAUCAAGAUGACAAAAUUCAACUACCAAUUAUUCUAGCCUUCGCGGACGACGUAAUCAUAAUAUCAAACGAUAUUCAACAAUUAAACGAAAUUUUUGUAAAGGCCACAAGUCUAUUAAAGUCAGUAGGUCUUACAGUAAACGAUACAAAAACGAAAUUACUAGUUCGCGACCCACUAAACAUAAAUAACAGGAACUUUUUUGUACUGGGAGAAACUACUUUAUCUCCCGUUAAAGAAAUUAGGUAUCUAGGGACCUACAUCUCACCUGUACUGAACAGGAAUGGUACAGUAAAUGCCCGCUGCAAACAAGCGAUCAAAAAUUCGAAGACUCUACAAAAAUUUAUUUAAGAGUUCCCGCAUGCAAGGGAAAACAAUAAAACUUCUUUACAAAAUGGUGAUAGAACCAACUAUGACCUACGGCCUCAAAUGCGCAGCACUAACAAAAGCGAAUCGCUCAAAACUUAGAAAAUACGAAAGAAUGAUUUUACGCGAUAUGCUAGACAAUGCAGGCCCCGCACGUUUGUACAGCAAGAUACACGACAUUCUGGAUGGAAAAACUAUUACAAAAAGAAUCAAAUGCCUUCGAAUGUGUUACUAUGGACACAUACUACGACGCAGAGACCCACAUCUACUACACGCUGCAUACAAACAUGAAGCAAAAAAUCGUAAAAUAGGUCGACCUAUUUAUACCUGGAAAAAUUCCCUACAACAGGACAUGGAAUACUAUAAGAAAAGCCCUUCAGAGUGGAUAGAGCUCGCAACAGACAAGAAAGAACUCAUUUCAGCGGCUAGAGAAAUAUACAAAAUGGACGAAACGGACAGCGAAAUAGAAAACGACGAAACCGUCACCAACACACACAACGAAGUCAGCGAGGAAAACGAAACACACCAACGCUCUCCUCCAUCGAAUAACCCGUCCUCCUAAAUUCCAAUAUUGGCUACAGGCUGCAUAGUCGGUUGAUUGUGGUCGACCGGUUGCGGCUAGUCGACCGUCCUCUCCCAUCCCAGAGCGUGUCACUCCUUAUAAAACCGUGCCCCCUGGUGUGGGGUCGUGGGUCUGGGCUUGUGCGACGCCACCGCUUCCACCCAGCAAGGUAGUGGUCGCUGGGAACGUCCUCUUGUGAGGUUAGACUAAGUACCUAUUUAAUCUUCUAUUAUGUUAAUCUUUGUACCACCUAUAUAAUUGUGUUAUUCCUUCAAAUAUAGUAGUAUUAUUCGAGCAUUCACUCGUUUCAUUUACCUGACUACGUCACACCCUUAUAUGGCGACCCUGCCUAUGGAAUCUUCCACCGCGCCGCGAAUUUGAGACGUUACUCGUGUAAUCGUUAAUAAGGACAAUGGAAAAGUACCAGUUCUAUCUUUGUUUCGGACUAAACGCUAGUGUACACGUGAAUAAAAAAUUUCACAAAAAUAAUGGGCUCCCCACAGUCUAAAGAAGAAACCCUGGUCAUCCAGAAUGCUGCGGCUGGCGAUAAUAAAGCAACUACAGAACAAAUUCGCUUUCAUAUGAGCACCACAAAUAUUAUCCUGUGUGUUAUCCUGUUAAUUAUACUGUGUGGCGUGCUGUUCUUCAUAUAUCGACUAUAUAGAAAAUGCCAUAGAAAAUGGAUUGUUAAGGAGAUAAAUCGGGCGACUAUAAGAAGAUCACUUUUCCGGCGACAGUUGGAAGACCUUAACCCACCCCAAAAAAUCUAUUCAAAAGAAAUGGUGUAAAAAAUAAAUAAAAAUAAAAGUGCAUAAAUAUAUUUCAAAAGUGAAAAUUUAUUAUAUAAAAAUAAAUAUUAAAAAAAAAAAAAAAAAGUGAAAAUAAUAAAAUACAAUAAUCUACUUAAAAAAAAAAAAAAAAGUAUCUUAAAUAUAUAAUCAAAUAUCCUAAUAAUAAUUUUAUGUACGAGAUAUAGGUCACCGGUAAGGAAUGCAGCGACUUUCCAUAUACGGACGGACGGAUGAUGCACUGUGACUGAACUUUGGACUUGAUAGUGUUAAUUGUAAUCGCGAUUAUAUUUUAAAGUCUAUUUUUAUUUAUUUUUUAAUGUGUUAUGUUCUUUAUGUGCACAGGUACAAGAAUAUUUUACUCUACGUUAUGGUGGUAAGUGACUAAUGGAAACUAUUAUAUCAUUGUAUGAGGAAUUAAAGAAAAUUAGAGUGUAUUUAAUUAAAUUAGGAGCCAGUCGAAGAACGGAAAAAGUGUUAGUAAACAAAUUAAAUGAGAUUAAUGCAAUCUAUGAGAAAUAUGAGACGUGGCUGAUAGGUUUUGAAGAAAAACUUAAGAGAAAAUAUUAUAGUUCGGAUGAUAUUAUAUUAAUCAAAAAUUAUUGUAGUCGAUUUUUAGAGUUACAUGAAAAUAUUUUAGUGUUGUGUAAUAGUGAUAAGCCGAAGUCAUCGUUCAACAUGAAUUCUUUUGAUUUAAAAACGGCGUUAAAUCUUUUACCUAUUAUGACAAAUGAGGAGUCGAAUACAAAACAGUUGAUUGAUAACAUUGAAUAUUAUAAUACUUUAUUGAAAGAAGAUACAUGUAAACAAAAUUUAAUUAAUUUCGUAUUAAAAAGUAGGCUUUCUCCUGAAGCUAAGUUAAAAUUAAAAUCAAAAUAUGAAUCAGUUAAUGAGUUAAUUAUUGAUAUGAGAAAUGUAUUAUUGUGUAAGAAAGCUGCAACGGCAAUACAAAAUAAAUUACAAAAAAUUAGACAAAAUGACUUGUCAAUUGCUGACUAUGGUAAAGAAAUAACGGAACUAUUUGUUGAUUUAACGAUAACGCAAGCUGACGGGAAUGAUCAAUGCUAUAAAAUAUUAAAACCUAUUAAUGAAAAAAUGGCUGUUAAGCAAUUUGCUGACGGCUUGCGUAAUCGUCGACUUAGUACGAUUAUUUCUGCCAGGAAUUAUAGUUCACUUAAAGAUGCUGUACAGGCAGCCCAAGAUGAAGAAGUAUCAAUUCCUUCAACAUCUGGAGAAAUCAUGGGUAUGUACAAGAAACCAUACCAUAAUAAAUAUUUCAACAAUGGUUCAAAUUAUUAUAGAAGCUGGCGUGGAGGACGUUGCCGCUAUCCUGUACAUAGAGGAAGAGCUCGAGGACAGCAAGCAGCUCAUCUAGCUUCUCGAGGACAAGGGUCACGAGGUCAGUACACGCGAGGAAGUAGCGGAGGUCCACAGCAGAGAGGUAAAUUUUUUAAUUCAACUAGAGGAAAUCAAGGGAUGCGUAAUAAUCGUAAUAUUCAAUUAAUGCAUGAUAAUGAUAAUAAUAAUUUCGAAAAAUUUGAAGAGUCAGAACUUUCUUUGAAUCAGUUUUUUCGUGAGGAAUAGUGAAAAAUUUAUUUUAGCCAGUGAUAGUAAUUGUUAUAUUUCUUUACUUUCAUCAUCAUGUAAUAAUUAUAACAAAAAAUAUUUUUUAGUAGAUUCUGGAGCAUCAAUAUCGGCAUGUACGUAUAAACAUGCUAUAGAAUGUAACAUUCCAAUCCAUAAGGAGAAUGUAACAGUCAACGGUUUAGGUGGAAGUGUACAAGCAAUAGGAUACUUAUUUUUACCAUUAACUUUUAAUAAUGAAACAUUCAAUCAUAAGUUUUUUGUUUUUCAAAAUUUACCAAUUAAAGGAAGUGGAAUUUUAGGCCGUGAUUUUUUAAAUAGAUGCAAAGCUCAAUUAGACUUCAGUAAAAAUACUUUGACAUUAUUUAUUAAUUCGAAAAUUACUUUACCUUUAAUAAAUACAUGUAAUGUUAUUUUUGAGAUCCCAGCUAGAAGCGAGUCAAUACAUUUUAUACAUACGGACAUUAAUGAAGAUUGUGUCAUAUUAUCUCAAGAAAUAAAACAUGGUAUAUUUUUAGCAAGUUCCAUAUGUUCACCAAAAGAUGGAUUGAUUCCUGUUAGAAUACUUAAUGUUACUGAAAAUGAUGUUCAACUCACAGAAAUAAAUCCAAAAAUUGAUAAAGUUAGUAACUAUAAUAUUUGUGAAUUUGAAAAGUCAACGACCGAUUCAAAUAGAGUGAAAAAACUUUUCUCAUUAAUGAAAUUGCAACAUUUAAAUAUUGAGGAACAAAAAACUAUUGAGAACAUUUGCGCUAAAUAUUCAGAUAUAUUUUACCUCCCUGGUGAUAAAUUAAGUACUACUGAUGUAUACACACAUACUAUUUCUGUCAAACCUAAUACAAAUCCAAUCUUUUCAAAACAAUAUCGUUUGCCAUACUCUCAAAAGGACGAAAUUAAACGCCAAAUUGAUAAAAUGUUAGAGGAAGGGAUAAUUGAACCUAGCAAGAGCGAUUGGUCUAGUCCAAUACUGUUAGUACCUAAAAAAUCAGAUUCAACAGGAGACAAAAAAUGGAGGCUUGUCGUAGAUUAUAGGAAAUUGAAUAAUCAGAUUGAAGACGAUAAAUUCCCACUACCAGAUAUUACUGAAAUUCUGGACUCGUUGUCAGGUAGCAUUUAUUUCACACAUUUAGACUUGCAUCAAGGAUACUAUAAUGUUAAUUUAGAUGAAAACAGUAGAAAAUUUACAGCUUUCCAUUCAGGACAGUAUCAGAUGACACGUAUGCCAAUGGGACUUAAAACUAGCCCAAGUUCAUUUUCCAGAAUGAUUACAUUGGCAAUGGCUGGUCUAAAUUAUGAAAAAUGUCUAAUUUAUUUAGAUGACUUAAUUGUUUUUGGCCGUAAUUUAACAAUUCAUAAUAAAAAUUUACAAGAUGUUUUUGAAAGAUUACGUCAGGUCAAUUUAAAAUUGAACCCAGUAAAAUGCGAUUUUCUUAAAAAAGAAAUUUUGUAUUUAGGUCAUAUGAUUUCUAAUGAAGGUAUAAUGCCGGAUCCUGCAAAAAUAUCUGCAGUACAAAAUUAUCCAGUUCCUACAAAUUCAGACGAAGUAAAAAGAUUUGUAGCUUUCACGAAUUACUAUAGAAAAUUCAUACCAAAAUUUGCAGAAAUCGCAUAUCCUUUAAAUAAAUUAACUAGAAAAGGCGUACCAUUUGAAUGGAAUACCGAAAGUCAAAACUCUUUUGAAAAACUAAAAGAACUACUAAUAAGCCCACCUGUGUUACAGUAUCCCGAUUUUUCGGAACAAAAUAAAUUUAUAGUACAAACUGAUGCUUCAAAUAAUGCUAUAGGAGCAAUUUUAUCAAACAAAAAUGGACGACCAAUAGCUUAUGCUAGUAGGAGCUUAAAUAAAGGUGAAAAGAAUUAUCCAGUGAUAGAAAAAGAAUUGCUAGCAAUAGUAUGGGCUGUGAAGUAUUUUCGUCCAUAUUUAUAUGGACGCCCAUUUAAAAUACUGACAGACCAUAAACCACUAGUAUACUUGUUCAAUAUGAGAGAUCCUUCGAGUAGGCUCAUGAAAUUUAGAAUCAUAUUAGAGGAAUAUAAUUUUGAAGUAGAAUAUGUUAAAGGUUCUGAAAAUGCAGCUGCAGAUGCAUUGUCUAGAAUCACAUUAAAUGAUUUAAAAGAAAUGCACGAAAGUGUUAUUAAUGUUAUGACAAGAGCGGGCGCAAGAAAAUUAAAUAAACUAGAUUCAUCGGUAGAUAUGGAUGCUUUAGACUUGAGGCCUGAUCAACCAAAGGUCGUAAGUACCCAUAUAAGACCGAAAGAAUCAGUAGAAUUAAAACUUAUUGAUAUUAAGGGACUAAAACAAUUUAAAAAAGAGGGAAUUAUCACAAAAGAAAAUAAAAUAUUAUGCUAUAUUGAAAGUAAAAGAACAAUUUAUGUGAAAUUUCUAGAUUCUCAAUCACAAAUGACGCGAGGCGAAUUUGUGAGAGAUUUAGAUAAUUUUUGUAAUUUAUUAAAGUUAGAAGAAAUAUACAUAUUAAAGAGUAAAGAUAAUGAAAUUUUUAUAGAAAAAUUAUUAGAUAAAAUAAAAAACGAUAAGAAUAGGUCCGGACCGCGUAUAUGUAUUUUAAGUAAUGUAAAAAGAAUUGAGAAUAAACAUGAUAGAAAAAUAAUUUUAAAUGAUUUUCAUCUCUUGCCUAGCAGUGGCCAUGCUGGUAUGAGAAGAAUGUCAAACAACAUAAAGAAAUAUUAUUUCUGGCCUGGUAUUGAUAAAGAUGUUAGAGAAUUUGUAAAACGUUGCGACAGUUGUCAACGUCAAAAACAUUCAAUACCAAAGAAAGAACCAAUGGAAAUUACUAGUACAGCGCAUACUGCAUUUGAAAAAGUAUUCUUAGAUCUUGUUGGUCCUUUGGAAAGAGAUAAUGAUAAUUAUUCUUAUAUACUAACGUGUCAAUGCGAACUGACAAAAUAUGUAGAAGGUUAUCCCUUAAUUUCCAAAAAAGCUGAUGAAGUAGCAAGAUCGUUUGUUAAUAAUUUUAUUCUCAGGUAUGGUGUGCCAAAAUGUAUAGCUACAGAUAGAGGGAAGGAGUUUUUAUCAGAAAUUUUUCAAGAGGUAUGUAAAUUAUUAAAUAUUAAACAACUCAACUCAACAGCCCACCAUCACGAGUCCAUAGGAGCUCUGGAAGUCACUCACAAACAUUUGAAUGCGUUUCUACGUAUUCAAACAGAGAAUCACCCGGAGAUGUGGAGUAAGUGGAUUCCUUUUUGGUGUUUCUCUUACAAUACAGGAGUUCAUACUGAAACAGAUUUCACCCCGUACGAGUUGGUGUUUGGUAAGAAAUGUUCUCUCCCUAGUAAUCUGACAAAUGAUGUAGAACCUCUUUAUAAUUAUGAGAGCUAUCCACAUGAAUUGAAAUACCGUUUGCAACUUUCUCAAAAAGAGGCUAGAAAUAAUUUGUUAAGAAGUAAGAUAAAUAGAAAGUAUGUGUAUGACAAAAAUAUUAAUCCUGUAAGCUAUAAGGAAAAUGAUUUAAUUUUAGUAAAAAAUAAUACACCUAGUAAUAAAUUAGAUAAUAUAUAUUUAGGCCCUUAUAAAGUUAUUAAGGACAUACCACCAAACGUAGAGAUAAUAAAUAAGUAUGGUAAAAUAGACAUUGUACAUAAAAACCGUACAAAACCUUAUUAUAAAACGUAAAAAAUAGAUUAUAUUUUAUCAAUUUGACUGUAAAAAAAAAAUAUAUUAUAUAAAUUCAUUUUUUUUUUUCAAUAAGUGCGGUGAUGUGAGGUUAGACUAAGUACCUAUUUAAUCUUCUAUUAUGUUAAUCUUUGUACCACCUAUAUAAUUGUGUUAUUCCUUCAAAUAUAGUAGUAUUAUUCGAGCA